GAUCGUCGUGCCGUCGUACUGUAUCUAUCGUCUUGUCCCGUACCGUACCGUUCCGGGGGGCGGUGAUCGGCGGGAUCGGCGGAGCGGAGCGACAGCGCGAGAGGCCUUAUGUCAAAUCGACAUCGACGAUAAGGACGAAGUGUGCCAGCAUGAAGAAACUGUUCUCUAAGAUCGACAACACGUCGAAGGAACCCAAUAGUUACCUGGGGAAGGUGUUCGUUGUGGGUCGCCACACAGUCACCGUUGAAGAAGUUUUGGCAGAAGGAGGAUUUGCGAUUGUAUUUUUGGUUAAAGCCUCAAGUGGACGAUAUGCACUUAAACGAAUGUAUGUCAACAAUGAACAUGAUCUUAAUGUGUGUAAAAGGGAAAUUCAAAUUGCUAGCAACCUGAGUGGUCAUAAAAAUAUUAUAGGAUAUGUAGAUAGUAGCAUAACUCACACCACUGGAGGAAUACACGAACUUCUGCUUUUAAUGCCUUACUGUAAAUCCCAAGUUCUUCAAAUGAUGAAUAACAGGUUGCAAAUAGGUUUCAAUGAAUCGGAAGUUCUACAAAUUUUUUGUGACGUUUGUGAAGCCGUAUCCAGAUUGCAUCACUGUCAAACUCCCAUAAUUCAUAGAGAUCUCAAGGUGGAAAAUAUAUUGCUCGCUGACAGCGGUCAUUAUGUUUUGUGUGAUUUUGGAUCUGCGACGGGAAAAAUUCUUAAUCCCGGUGUCCACGGUGCCGCUGUAGUCGAGGAAGAAAUAAAGAAAUAUACUACUUUAAGCUACAGAGCUCCUGAAAUGGUUGAUAUGUACUGUGGAAAACCUAUUACUACGAAAGCAGAUAUUUGGGCUUUGGGAUGUUUGUUGUAUAAACUCUGCUUUUUUACAUUACCGUUUGGCGAAAGCACGCUUGCUAUACAAUCUGGAAAUUUUACUAUACCGGAUAAUUCAAGAUAUAGUAAAGCACUCCAUUGUUUAAUUCGAUAUAUGCUUGAGCCAGAUCCUGAUAUACGUCCUGAUAUUUAUCAAGUUUCUAUAAUUGCUUUUCAAAUUCAAGACAAAGAGUGUCCUGUGCAAAAUUUAUAUAAAGUCCCUACCCCGACGAUAGAAUCAUUAUCAUGUCCACCUAUGGAAUCCGAGAAUAUUAAAAGAUCGGCGUCUGUAAAAACUCCAAAACCUACUCCUUUAACGACGACUGUUGAGGGCACGUCUGUGACUCCGAGACAAAGACCAAAGGGGCAAGCCGUUAGCACAGGACCGAUUAGUUUGGGUGGUCAAAUCGUAGGACAAAUAUCAGGCCAAGGAAAUCAGACACAAACUACGCCAUCAAAUUCUAUCUCUUAUGUUCAAGUAUCGCCACACGUUUGCACUCCCAAUCAAAAUGUCCCCUUCUGUCAGGCGCAAGUACAGCCUUCGCAGUACGGUCAAUCGCAGAGCCCGAUGAUUAGUCAUUCUCCUUUAACUCAGCAGUCACCCGUUACUGUUCCAGAUAAAAAUGCAUUCUAUUUUGAUUCGAGGCAACAUGACGUGAGAGUUACGACAAACGUAAAUGAGACAAAUUUGGAAUCUCUAUUUCCACCAUCAGGGUAUCCGGAUCCAUUCAAGGAUGACGCGAGAGCGAUGCCGCCACCUGCCAAAAUACCACCUCCUGUUGCACCGAAACCCGGCAAGAUUCUUCCGAAAUUGUCUAAUCCUAGUUAUCCAUCGUCAUCCAAGUAUCCGCCAGUCACUUCAUUACCGUCGAAAUUAUCCAUUCCGACGGGACCUAACAAGACGACUCCAUCUGCGGUGACGCCACCGGCUUUGCCGAAACCGGUUAAUAAGACAGAAAGCUUGAGUCAAAAUAUAAGUUCGAGCAUAUCUCCGCCUGAUAGUCCGACACUAUCGUCCUCACGUCAUAGGAGGAACGUCAGUGACACGAGUGCUUUUAAUAAAGCAUUUGCAACUGAAACUACUCAAUUCUUAGCGCCAUAUGAGGCUUCGGUUAAGCCACGUUCAGAUGAUACGACUACGCCACCGGAACUUCCAAAUGAUACAAGACCUUGUAUAGCAACCAGUGCCUCGCAUGGCGAACUUUCAAGCUUAAUGGGAUCAGAGGGGAGGUCAUUGAGUGCAGAUGUAGCGAUAUGGAAUCCGUUUGAGGAUGUACAACCAUUUAAUCAGUUAACGGAAGAUCAUAUAUUUGGUGCUGAAUUUGAUAAAAUAAGAAGAGGAAGCAACACCAGUAUCAGUGGUGUAAAAAGUCGCGAAAGCCUUGUUAUGACGUAUACUGAAUUACCAGAGGAUCCCUUUGAAUCUGCACCCUUUAGCCUGCCAACAGCAAAGAAGAAUAAAAUUGGGUCAAAGACUGCUGCUAUUGCUAGAGGGAAAUCGACAAACGGUAGAGCAAGGGUGCCCUUGGCGCAAUGGAACUCCGGGAUUGAACAAGGUGGCAGCGGUGGUGGUGGUGUGGACGACGAGGCGUCCUUGAUCUUUACGGAAUCUAGCCCGGUUUCACCACCGUUUGUCCGUGCACCGGCUGAGGACCGUUCCAAGUAUGAGAAACUGGCGUUCAAUGCCGAUGAAGUAUCGAGUGAUAGUGACAAGGAUGCCAAGGAGGUGAAGGAGCGAGCGAAGAAGGCAAAGAGAAGGCGCGUGAAGAACGUGUUGAGCCGCAAAAGAAGAGUCGCUACCCAGUUGCACAAUAACACGGAGAACGCGACAAACGUCGAUUACGAGUCAGAUGAUUCGAUUGGUUCAGCCAGCGAUCUACGCGCGAUGAACGACGAGGAAGGUAACGACGGUGAGGUGAACGACGACGAAGAUGACGAGGACGGCGACGUAUGCGGAAAGCACGACGAGACCAUCUCCGAGAGCGUGCGCACAUGUGGCAGCUCCGCGUAUCAUGCGGAAUGCGAGUCCGUUGCGACACACGAAGACGAUUACAGGAUGAAGAGGCCGAGGAAACACCACUAUCGGCAGCAGGACCAACAGCUGCCGACAAUCGACGCGGAUCCGAUUGUUGGCCACCAGUAUGGUGAGAAGCCGUUGUUACUGGACGAUGAGUUGGACCCCGAGUCCAAACCGGAGCAGUCACACGGCGAUCCUUUUGUGCGGCAUCAGUAUGGUUCAAAACCGCUGCUGUUCAAUAACGAUGACAGCUCGUCCGAUGACAACGACAAGUCCAAGUCGCUCAAUAAUGGGAUCUGGAAAGUGGAGGAUGACGUAUUCGCCUUGGCACCUUUUCCGAGAUCCAGCAGCUCGCGGAAGAGUAGUGACAGUCGUGAGAGUGAGUCCAGGAACAUCGAUCUAGGCGGCAGUGCGAGGAACUCACCUCACAACUCGAAUCUGGUGACGCCGAUUUCAAGCUCGCCUAUACCGAUGGAGGUGUUUGCGGACGUGGUGGAAAAUAAACCUGUGCCUCUGUUGUCCAAGUCCGCUGUUCUGUCUUGUAAAUAUCCCAAAAGUAUCGCAAUCGUGGAUAGCAAGACUAUCUACGAAGAGUUAACGACGUUCCAUCAGCCAAGCGUUGUCCAAAUGUCGUCGCCAGUCAAAAACACCUCUCGCGUCAACGUUGCCGAGGAGGAGGAGGAGGAAAAGGAGGCGGAGACGGAAGAGGAGAAAGAGAAGCAGGAGGAGGAGGAGGUAGAAAAGGGGGAGGAGAACAUUGGAAAGGACCUUUUUGGUUCUUCUCCAUUUAGUCCGAGCGGAUUCACUAAUCCCUUUAACAACGCUCAGUCCAAUUUUGCGAAUAUCGACUCCGCGCCGACUGAACUCCUGUCAAUCCUGAGUCCAGUCGGCCCUUCCUCGUACAUUGAUUACACCAACUGCGUUUCACUGCAAUCCCACAGUGCGGCACAGAACAAUUAUAACACUAGUCAUUCGAGCACAAUCGCGUCCACGUCGAAAUAUGGCAUGGUGACGGUGAACUCUGAACCAACGAUUGCUGCGGAGUCGUCCAAGGAUCUCUUCGGGUCGAUUCCAUUCGAGGAAUUUGCUUCGCUGAAGCUCAAUGAGCAACAGCAGCAACAACAACAGCAGCAACAGCAACGCCCGACAUCUUUGUCACUGUCGCAGUCGCUGUCACAGUUGCAGUCGCCGAACUACGUGGACAAUGUUGCGUUAACGAUGGCGUUGCCAAUCAGCAGCGUCGUGCAAUCCCCAAAGAACACCGUCGUUCAUUUGACACCCACCCUGCCAUCACAAUCGCAAUCGUCCGCCUAUAUGAUUCAAACGACCACGCAUACUGCAAGAAUCACUGUUCACGCAGUCAACAGCGUCUCUAAGGUAGAUAUCACAUCCAAUAUGAUGUUACCCAUGUCGCCUGAGCCUCUGGUCGCCGCGGAUAACGAUACUCCGAAACACAACAAGAAGGACAAAUCCAAAUCGGACAAGUCCAAAUACCAUCUGAUCAACGAAAACCAUGGUGAUGUCACCGACGUAUUACCAACUUACAAGGCGUCUCAUAAGAUCAAAUCGGCAAGCUAUAAGAAAACGCCCAAGGGUAAGAAGAGCACGGCCGCGACUACCGGUUUCAGCAAUAUGAGUUUCGAGGAUUUCCCCAGCGACGAGAAUGAGGAGAGGCAAGUGGGUCGGAUGAAAGUAGCGCCUUUUGAGGUAAUCCGCGAAGUGUCGGAAAAGCGAUUUGGAUCGUUGAAGAGGCGGAGCAAUCCAUUCAUCUGAAAUGAGAUGGUUUUUGUUAGGAGCUAGUUAAUAUAAAGCCGUUUAGUAACACAGGAACA